AUGGAUGAAGAGCAGGAGCUGGCAUUCUUCCUGGAAUGGUAUGACCCGCAGUCGGGCCUGAAGAAGGGCUACAUCAUGCACUACCACGGAGAUAACACUGUCGAGCUCGUGGAGCGGAAAACGAGAAAAAUCUUCUUGAAGCGCAUCCGGAUCCCCACCGUCAACCUCGACGACCUCUACGUUGGAGGCUCUGUCACCGUGUACUCGCGCCAGCUCACGAUCAUAGAGCCUGCCAACGAGUUCACUCGGCAGAUGCUUCGACAGCGAGAAGACAAAGCCACUUUCAUCGUCACACCUAGCGGGUACUCCCAAAUGGGUCGCAUCAUUCAGCUCAUCGAACAGAGCGGUCUGCUGGUCCGAGAUCUGCGGAUGGUACAGCUACAGAAGCCUCACCUAAUGACACUACAGUCUCUGGGGGCCAUCACUGACAACAACCAGCAACAAGCACUACUCAGCGAUGUUUGCGUACUGAUUGAAGUGAGGCUUCCUACCCCAAAAGAGCUUCAAGACGCCCAAGUGAAGCUGGCAGGGGCUGGACUUGCUGACGUAGUGCUAAUUGCUAGCAGGGGGCUCGACAGUCUCUGCCCUGGAACGACUCCAAGCAAUGCCUUCCCAACAACAGCCGUACUGGACAAUUGCACGCUGUGUCUAGUGCGCCCUCGACUGAUCCGCGAAGCUCGUGUGGGUGAGGUACUGGACGCGAUCGUGGCAGCGGGUUUUGAGGUAUCAGCGAUGAAGCUCGUUCAUCUGCAGAUGAACGAGGCGGACGAGCUCUUCCAGAUCUACAAAGGUGUUGUGCGCCAAUACCACGAAAUGCUCAAGUACAUGUGUUCAUCGCCGUGUCUAGCGCUCGAAGUUCGGGGCGAAGACAUUGUGAGGCGAUUCCGUGAGCUCUGCGGUCCUUUCGACGUCCAAGUAGCCAAAACGCUACGGCCAGACAGCCUUCGUGCGAAGUUCGGUCGUACCAAUAUCUACAACGCUCUGCAUUGUACAGACUGCCCGGAAGACGGAGUGCUCGAGUGCCAGUUUGUCUUCAGGUCGCUCUCGUAG